UCUCUCCCUGGUUAGCUUUUGCCGCCGCCGCCCGCCAGUCUUAGAGUCUUGAUCCACCCACCAGCCUUGCUGGAUGUUGGCAGCUCUGACCAAUCAGAACUCUUUACCAACCACUAAAGGGUACUUGGAGCAGUCAGAACACUACAUCGAGUCAAGGCUGGAGGCCAGUAGCGAGAAUUCAUCCGCACUGUGCGAUGCUUCCAAGGACCCUUCCAUGAUCCAGGACCCCACUUUGAGCUGAUGUCCGUCCAUUUCAAAAGAUCUUGACUGUCUCGAUGCUCGAGUACAAGAGCUCUCACUCUCCUGGACUUCAAGUCGCUUUCCUUCCUCACCUCUACCUCAACACCAUUCAUUGAUACCCCCGGAGCCAAAACGACUGAGACACGUGCAAGGUCUUUACCCAUCUCCCCAUUGAAUCUUUUUGUUCAACUUUACCCUCGCUCAACUCCUCCAACAUGACUACUGAGUAUCUUCCCGCUUCUGCCAGCUCCGCCUACGACUAUAUCAUCGUAGGUGGUGGCACGGCUGGAUGUGUUCUGGCUUCCCGCCUAUCCUCCUACCUUCCUGAGCGCAAGGUUCUUAUGAUUGAGGCUGGCCCUUCAGACUUCGGUCUCAACAAUGUCCUGAACCUUCGCGAGUGGCUGUCUCUCCUUGGUGGUGAUCUCGACUACGAUUAUCCCACAACUGAGCAGCCCAAUGGCAACAGCCACAUCCGACACUCACGUGCAAAGGUCCUCGGUGGAUGCUCCUCUCACAACACUCUCAUCUCUUUCCGUCCUUUCCGCCACGACAUGGAUCGUUGGGUCGCCAAAGGCUGCAAGGGCUGGGACUUCGAGACCGUUAUGCGCAACGUUGACAACUUGCGCAACCAGCUGAACCCUGUUCAUCCCCGUCACCGUAACCAGCUCACCAAGGACUGGGUCAAGGCCUGCUCCGAGGCCAUGGGCAUUCCCAUCAUCCACGACUUCAAUCACGAGAUUUCCGAGAAGGGACAGUUGACCCAGGGUGCUGGUUUCUUCUCUGUCUCUUACAACCCUGACACCGGCCACCGCAGCAGUGCUUCCGUCGCCUAUAUCCACCCUAUCCUUCGUGGCGAUGAGCGACGACCCAACUUGACUGUCCUCACUGAGGCCCAUGUCUCAAAGGUCAUCGUCGAAAAUGACGUUGCCACUGGCAUCAAUGUCACUCUCAAGUCAGGCGAGAAGCAUACUCUGAACGCCCGCAAGGAGAUCAUCUUGUCUGCUGGUGCUGUCGAUACCCCCAGGCUUCUCCUCCACUCUGGUAUUGGACCUAAGGGCCAGCUUGAAGACCUGAAGAUUCCUGUUGUCAAGGAUAUUCCAGGUGUCGGCGAGAACCUCCUGGACCACCCCGAGACCAUUAUUAUGUGGGAGCUCAACAAGCCCGUUCCUGCUAAUCAGACCACCAUGGAUUCCGAUGCUGGUAUUUUCCUGCGACGAGAGCCCAAGAACGCUGCUGGUAACGAUGGCGAUGCUGCUGAUGUCAUGAUGCACUGCUACCAGAUUCCCUUCCACCUCAACACAGAGCGUCUAGGGUAUCCUAUCAUCAAGGACGGUUAUGCCUUCUGCAUGACACCCAACAUUCCCCGCCCUCGCUCACGUGGCCGCAUCUACUUGACCUCAGCCGACCCUACUGUCAAGCCUGCUCUCGAUUUCCGUUACUUCACAGACCCCGAGGGUUACGACGCUGCCACCCUGGUCCAUGGCAUCAAGGCUGCCCGAAAGAUUGCGCAGCAGAGCCCCUUCAAGGACUGGCUCAAGGAAGAAGUUGCCCCUGGUCCCAAGAUCCAAACGGAUGAGGAGAUCAGCGAAUAUGCUCGCCGAGUUGCCCACACAGUGUACCACCCUGCCGGUACCACUAAGAUGGGUGACGUUGAGCGCGAUGAGAUGGCGGUUGUUGACCCCGAGCUCAAGGUUCGUGGAAUCAGCAAGCUCCGCAUUGUUGAUGCUGGUAUCUUCCCCGAGAUGCCAACAAUCAACCCUAUGGUGACUGUGCUUGCUGUUGGUGAGCGUGCAGCUGAGCUUAUUGCUCAAGAGGAGGGCUGGAAGCCGAAGCACUCCCGAUUGUAAGGAUCAUUCGGGCAAUUUUCCAAAUAUCUGCUCGUGGGGGUAAACGGGGGGAGAUCACUGUUUUUGGACAUCUGUAUGAUUAAAUGAUUAGCGUAUGAUUGCAUUAUCGCAGCGAGUAUGACAUACCUUGGGUAGUUAGGAAAAUUUGAAGUUCGUUUACCAAAUAAGACUCUCGGGGGCUUGUGGCCCGAUUUGCCGUUGUUCUUCCAAUCGCUUGUGCCGGUGUCGGGUCGUAUUUCCCCGAUGAGGCCCUUGGCCCAGCUUCUUGACCAAUUCAUUUUGCCGCGACGGGUCAGUAAACAGGCACAGCGGGCCGGCGACUUUCCACCACUAAACCACCGGAUCGCUCAGUUUAAUGUGUCUUGCAAGGCCGGGAAUGCUCGAUAUUUCUCCAUGAUGAAACGAAAGUUCAAUAUGCGCCGAUGUUCCAGAACCAAUCGGGGCAUCCGAAGCGCGAUGCAGGACAUUCAAUUUUGGAUGCGUUCUCGGUGGCUGAGAUAAGGUGAUAAUAAGC